GAUCCGAUUCUCCAUAGGAGUAAUAAACCGUCCAUACCAAAAUCCAUUUCAAAGAUGCCAACCAUCUAAACGCAGAGUAUUUAAACACCUGAAACUAAUAGUUCUGCACACAUUCAUUAAGUGCUCAUUAUUUAGAGUCUCAGAUGUUAAAUUAACACAGAAACGGAAUGCCGAGUCAGUUCAAUAGGUUAACGACGACUAAAUAAUUAUUUUUUAUCUUGGAUUAGUUCAAAGAGGUGUCCACUCUCUCCUGUAUUCAGUUCUGGAUUCUCUUCAACAAGCUGAAGCAAUCUAUUAUCAUGUAACACAUAGAUAACUGGACCAUGGUUCAUCUUCGAGCUUCACGCCACAAAUCCUGCUUCCUACGACCAGAUACAGGCCCAUGCAGAGCAGAUAUAAUCCAGUGGUACUAUGACGUGAAGCAAGGCAGAUGUUACCAGUUCUUUUGGGGUGGAUGUCAGGGUAAUGGAAAUAGAUUUGAAAGUCAAAAACAGUGCAUAGAUUAUUGUAAACUCAACACCUCUUUUCCUGCAUGUAAGUAUUUGAUUUUAAACAAGUUACAGUAUAUUAUAUAUAUACAGGGUUAUUUUGCAUUAACCGGCCAAAUUUCCAGAGGAGGUUCAGAAUAGAUAACAUAAGCGAAUGGUGAAAAAAAAAUAAACAAGAAAAAAUUGAAACAUAUUAUCCUUUAUCCCUUUCAGACCGAACUGUACCAAGCGUGCAUUAUCAUAAAAAAAUCUAACGCACGUGGAAUUUCGUUUUACUGUCCCCAUACGGUUUCAAUGGAUUGUGCGUUAAUUUAACUACACAGUGUAAAAUGCAUCGCCGGGCUCGGAGAAGGUAGUGAGGUGUCUAUGAGUGUUCAAGAUGGACAUGGGACGGCAACGGUCGACGUAAGUAGUAAGUAUAUUUUAUUCAAGUUUAAAGUUGUAUCAAUUAUAUUUAAAUAUUUAUUUACAAAUAUAUUUGAAAUUAAAAAUAUUAGACUUCGUAACAGGUCCACAAUAUUAAAACGCACGAUCCUGCGUUGUCGUUUUCAUUUGUAACUAAAAGACGUAAAACUCAUAUAAUUAACAUUUGUAAUAUUUUCAACAGGGCUUUAAGACGACGAUUAGUUGCAAGAUUUGAUCGGAGAUGGGUACCAAUUGGAUCUUGACAUAUUCGAAGAGGAGGUGAAAUCACCUGUUCCUGUUCCCCGACACUUGUUUGGAGAUUCUGUACAAGAGAUACCUAGUGACAAAGGGAGCGACAGUGACUCGGACAUAAAUGUCCAAUUAGCUGAGUGCUUAGUUACUACAAUGUGAGACGAUUAGAAAAACAUACCACUUGCAAACAAAAACUCCAUUGGAAUCAACAAUCGCCGUAUAUCACAAAAUAAAAGAACAAGAAUUUGGAAAGCCACUACAUUUAAUGACGUACCCAAUGAGUAUUCUUCUCGGCUAGGAGGGCAGGAAGUGAAGACUCCAUCAUAGUAUUUUGAAAGAUAUCAUGAUAGUUUUUUUUUAAAUCUCGUAAUUAAAAAUUACAACCGGUUCUUGAUGCUGUCAAAAAUGCUUGUAGAGUUAAUGAAAGGAUUCCUGGCACAAACUCAUUUGACGAACAAAUUAUACCCUUUACGGGUAAAUGAAAGCUACGAGUCUUAGUUAAACCUAGGCCGCUUGGAGUUAAGAAUUCCGUUAUCACAACAAGUAGUGGGCUAAUGCUAGAUUUCGAAAUAUACUAUCCUAACAAUCCUGCCUUUACUAGGCCCUGCUGCUUUCCUGUGUCUAGCAAAUAAUGCAAAGAAUUUUUACGUGGUAGAGGCAUGCUGCAUAUUAGUAGUUUAGUUGUAGCACGAAUGGGUCGGCUCCACCGGGGAAGGACCACGCUCUCACAGAAUACCAGCGUAAAACAGCAGCUUAAAGCUGCUGUGUUUCGUAAGGUGAGUGUAGAGAAUCAGAGACCCUAUUUACUGGAAAUGAGGCAUUCCAUCUUAGUCCUCACGGGUGACAACGCAUCUGCAUUUUGAUUUCUAAUAGAGGAUAGAUGUAGAUGUCUAUGGUCCGCAUAUAGACCACUUACCAUCAGGUGGACUGUGUGCUCCUUUGUCACCCUUAUCCUAUAAAAAAUGCUUCUUCAAAUAGCUGCUUGUAUUUUGAUAGAUAUUUUAAUACAUUGCAUAAAUUACCGCGGUAUAAGCCUUCUCAGCGUCGUCGGUAAAUUGUAUGCGAAAGUGUUAAUUGAAAAAGUUGUGAAUGAAACAGACGAAAAAGUAUGAGAUGCACAAGCGGGAUUUAGAAAGGGAAUGGGAUGUACGGAUCAGGUUUUUUCCUUGCGGUGCAUGACCGAAAAGUGUUUGGCUAAAAACAAGAAGGUUUAUUGCGCGUUCGUGGAUCUAGAAAAGGCCUAUGAUAGAGUGGUGAGGAAUGAAUUGUGGUUGGCACUGUCCGUGAACGGUGUGAGCAGUAUACUCAUUCGAGCAUUACAAUCUCUUUAUAGGGAUUCUAGUGCUUGUGUAAGGAUAAACGGGCAUACACUGAAUGGUUUAAUAUCGAAAAAGGUGUUAGAGAAGGAUCUGUAGCGUCACCGUGGCUGUUUAAUCUGUUCAUGGACAAGCUUGACAGAUUUAAAAGAGAAUGAAAGCGGGUUGAGAAUGCAUGAGUUACUCGUCAAAUGUUUUCUCUAUGCUGAUGACCAAGUAUUACUUGCGUCUUCGGCCGAGGAGUUGCAGGAGAUGGUAACUGCUAUGAGUGGAGCUUUUGUUAGAAAGGGAAUGAAGAUGAAUGUAAGGAAGACGAAAGUGAUGGUGUUUGAAAGAGAUGAGGCAGUGACAGACUGCAAUAUCGUGAUUGGGGAUGAACAAAUUGAACAGGUGAAGGAGUUUGUGUAUUUGGGUUCAAAGUUUACAAGAGAUGGAAAUUGUGAGAGUGAUAUUGAAAGAAGAGUGAAUGCAGGAAACAUGGUGAAUGGAACUUUGCACUCCUUUAUGAGCAGUCGGAAGGUGUCUAAUAAAGCUCGUUUGGCUGUGCAUGAGGGGGUGUUAGUUACGACACUCAUGUACGGAAGUGAAAGUUGGGUGUGGCAGAAGAAACAUGAAAGCAGAAUAAAUGCAGUUGAGAUGAGAGUGUUAAAAAGUAUGAUAGGAGUUAAAGUGAGUGACAGGAUAAAAAAUAGUGAGAUAAGGAAAUGUUGUGGUCUGAAAGAAGAUGUAGGGACAAAAAUUGAGAAAGGUAUGCUGAGAUGGUUUGGCCAUGUCGAGAGAAUGAAUGGAGAACGAUUGACGAAAAAAGUGUAUAAGGCGAGUGUGAAUGAAAGUGUUGGAAGGGGUAGACCUAGGCGGACGUUUCAAGACCAAAUCAGAGACGUCUUGAAAAAAGGCCAGGUCAAGAGUACCCUGAACCGAAGAGCAUGUAUGAAGGGAAUAAUGAAAGUGGACGAAGCGAUACAAGUAUGUGAGGAUCGUAGCAAGUGGGAAGAAGUGGUGUCUGCCUACCCCUACGGGAAAGAGGCGUGAUUAUAUGUAUGUAUGUAUUUUAAUACAAGAAAACAAAGAAAUGGAAAGUAAACGUACUAAUUCAUUUUUUAGACCUUGCAGUUGUAAAAGCUUGGAGAUGGUCUGUGACACGAAAAAAGUCAAGACCAAAGAUUUGCUAUGGUUCAGAGAUGAUUUAGCCGAUGCUCUUAUGGACUGCUGCACGGUUACUUCUCACGAUAUUACGGCGAAUAAAGAGCCCGCAUAAUCUGCGAAAAGGAUUUACAAGAGGUACAGAAUACAGAUCAGCAUUACCGCCAUCUUUCGAUAAACGUUUUGACCAAGUUGGCCAUUUGCCUGUUUUAGAUGAUCUGACAAUGGUAGGAAAUGCAGGCUAGAAAACUGCUCUUCUACCGCAAAAAUAAAAUGCACAAAAUACAAUGUAUAAAUGUGUCUAAUAUUAAAUAAAACUUGUUUGUUUUUUUUUAAAUUUCCUAUAGAGUGAUUACAUAUAAAUUAUAAAUGCUUUAAAAGUAUCUACUAUAUUUAUUAUUUUAUAAUUACUAAGCGCACAAUAUUGCUGUUAACAGUAACAACAAAAAUAAUACACAAUAUAUAAUAAUUUAAAUUCAAUGCGAGAGUUUUUGUUCCUUUUGUGAAAAAUCUUUACCCUUCAUUUGGGCCCCUCGACAAUUUUUGAUACAUAGCCCCUCUAAGGCACGCUACUCCACUAUUUAUGCCAUAAAUCAUUCAAUUUCGGAUAUUUUCAAAUAAAUGUAGAAACUUUAUUUACGCAUAUUUUUCAAAACUGCAAAAAGUGUAUGUCAAUAUUUAUACUUUGAACUCAAUUAUUAAAUUUGGCUGGUCAUUGAAAAAUAACCCUGUAUAUAUAUAUUAGUCACACUACUGGGCAAAGUCUCCUCUCAUCUCUGAGAAGGACAAGGUAGAGUAUGUCGUUUCGACUAAAAAGCGUCUCCGGUUCUCUACACUCACCAUAAGAAACACAGCAGUAUUAUGCUGCUGCCAUUUUACACUACACUGAUAUUCUGUGACAGCAUGGUCCUGCCCUGGCCGAGCCCACCCAUUCGUGCUACAACUAUGAUAUAACUGCAGCAUGGCUCUACCACACCUACAAAGGAAGUAAAUAUACAAUGGGUGGUUUUAUUGAAGAGAGCAAUUUCUUCCAGACUACCAAUAUUUCUACAGUACAGAGAAUAAUACAGAUAAUACGAAAUAGCCAAUUAUUUCCUAAAGCAAUAUCUCAAUGAUAAUUAUGAAAUGGCAUAAGUCUGACACCUGUGUUUAUAAAAGUUUGUAAAUUAAAUUUAUUCGACAAACAGAUAAUUCAUUACUUCAAUAAAUUUCGUGAAAUAUUUAACAAGCAAUUACCUGCUUAAUAUUGCCUGCCUUUAUUAUUGUUGAUGAAUCUUCUUUUUAAUCACAUUAUUUUCUUUUUCAGCGGGGAUACCUCAUUAUUGUUCCUUAUCAUUUAACUAUGGUACUUGCUUCGGCUCGUUCUAUCGAUGGGCUUGGGAUAAACUUACAAAGAACUGUAAACGGUAUAUGUACUCGGGCUGUGGAGGUAACCAGAAUAACUUUCAAACACGCGACGAGUGUUUGAACAACUGUCUGAACCCUUCCAAUAAUACGCUGCAAGGAGUUCACGAAAUAACCACGUGCAUUCCGUUGAAUUUCGCUGAUGCGUGACUAUUGUUAAGAAGUAUAUAUAACAUAUAAGAGU